AUGAGUAACUACAGCAUUGUCAGUGAUUUUGUGCUUCUUGGAUUUUCUCAUCUUCAUGAGUUCCAGAGCCUCCUGUUUGCUUUCAUCCUAUUGAUAUACAUGGUGACAAUGCUGGGGAACCUGGCCAUUAUCACCAUUACGUGUCUUGACUUUCGCCUCCACUCCCCCAUGUACUUCUUCCUCUGCAACUUCUCCCUCAUGGAGAUGCUGGUCACCUCUACAGUAGUUCCGAGGAUGCUGGCAGACCUGCUUUCCACUCACAAGACUAUGUCCCUGGCUGAGUGCCUGACCCAGUCUUUCUUUUACUUCUCCAUGGGCUCCACCACCUUCCUUAUCCUCACAGUCAUGGCCUUUGAUCGCUAUGUAGCCAUCUGUUUCCCUCUCCAGUACCCAACCAUCAUGAAUGGUCCAGUCUGUGUGAAGCUGGUGGUGGCUUGCUGGGCGAUAGGAUUCCUCUCCAUCAUUUCUCCCACUCUGCAGAAAACACGGCUCUGGUUCUGUGGUCCCAAUGUCAUUGACCACUACUUCUGUGACUCUGCGCCACUCCUCAAGCUUUCCUGCUCAGAUACCCACCACAUUGAGCGUAUGGACUUUUUCCUCUCCUUGUUCUUUGUGCUGACCACCAUGCUGCUUAUUGUGGUCUCCUACAUCCUCAUUGUGACUGCAGUGCUGCGCAUCCCCUCCUCCUCUGGGCGUCAGAAGGCCUUUUCCACCUGUGUUUCCCACCUCACUGUGGUGGUUCUGGGAUAUGGCAGUGCCAUUUUCAUCUAUGUGAGGCCAGGCAAGGGACACUCCAUACGCCUCAACAAGAUGGUGGCCUUGAUGACUGCAGUGGUGACCCCUUUUCUUAACCCUUUCAUCUUCACUUUUUGGAAUGAGAAGGUCAAGGAGGUCAUUAAGGAUUUUACCAAGAAGAUUCUCCUUGGAAACCCAGCAGUCCACAGAUGA